GCCAGUCGACGGGGUGGCGCCAAGCUGGACGCAGGGCACGGGACGACAUCACCCCUCAACCCCCCGCGGCCACGAGGACGAGGCCCAGCACAGCACCAACCUCCAUGAUACUGUGCCGCGCACGUCUACAAGUGGAGCUCCAGGAUGAGCCCCCUCGGACACACGGUCCUGGGCGGCAAGCGCUCCAGCGUCAGCUCCUACGCGUCCACCGGGGCCGGCAGCGACGCGACCGAGGCGUACGCCAGGGCCUACGUGCAGAACGAGGUCGGGGCGGCCGCGAGGCUGAGGAGCACGGAGACCUCGCUCGCCGACGGCCGCCUCCACUCCCUCCACUCUGGCACCCCGGGGCCCCCAGCGCCGGCCCCGCUCAAGACCGAGGAACAGAACCGCAGUCUGAUGGACAAUAAUGUCAUGAGGCAGACCGUAAAAAUGGUAGCCCCCAUCUUGUGGGUCUUCGUGGUGUACGGGCUGAUCCCCGUGCGGUUCAAGCGGUUCAAGCCAGGUGAGGACUAGAGGACUAGAGGACUAGAGGACUAGAG